GACGUAUGGGAGCUCUACGUUAAGCACGCACUGGAAUGGCGGAUCGAGUUCGUUGAUAAGUGGAAUAAGGAAAUGGACUCCCUUCUACUCUUUGCGACCCUGUUCUCAGCGGUUGUGACUGCCUUUGUAGCUCUCGCUUAUCCCACACUUCGCCCCGACACAAAUGCAGCCUCCUUCGAGGUACUCCAAGAAAUACUCGUCGUUCUACGACAGAAUCAGACUACACCGACAAACAGCAACUCCACGACACGUUUCGCACCCCAAGCGUACGCUGUCCGCGUCAAUUCAUUUUGGUUCGCAAGCCUGGUCAUCAGUGUAUCGGUGGCGUUUAUCACAAUACUGGCCAAACAAUGGCUCGCCAGUCUUGGCGGAGACCUGCACCCCUCGGUCGAGGCGCGUGGGCGACAGUUCCAAUAUCGCUUCGAUAAUGCACGCAAAUGGAAACUGACGACCGCUCUCGAAUGGAUCCCC